CCGACUGUAUGCCGGAAGGGGAACAAAAAGAAGUAAAGUUUGUGUUUUUAAUUUUGUCGUUUUGACUCGGGAGUAUUUGACUAAACUCAGCUUCUUUGACUUCAGGCCAGGAGGACAUGUACUACUACCGCUAUGAGAACGCUGAGGUCAGCUGCUGCUAUAAAUACCUGAUGUUCAGCUACAACAUCAUCUUCUGGUUGGCGGGUGCUGCUUUCAUCGCCGUCGGGUUCUGGGCGUGGAGUGAAAAGGGCGUUCUGCUGGACCUGACCCAGGUGACCCGUCUCCAUGGGUUUGACCCGGUGUGGCUUGUGCUGGUAGUGGGUGGAGUCACCUUCACCCUGGGCUUUGCUGGCUGUGUGGGCGCUCUGAGGGAGAACAUCUGUCUGCUGAAAUUUUUUUCCGGGGUGAUUGGAUUAAUCUUCUUCUUGGAGCUGGCGGCGGCGGUGCUGGCGGUGGUGUUUCAGAGCCAACUCAGAGAAUGGAUCAACGAGUUCUUCCUGGCCAACAUCAAAGCCUACAGAGACGACAUUGACCUGCAGAACCUGAUCGACUCUCUGCAGAGGCUGAACCACUGCUGCGGCGCUCAGGACCCUGUGGACUGGAACCUGAAUGUGUACUUCAGCUGUAACGGGACCCAUCGCAGCCGGGAGAAGUGCGGUGUUCCUUUUUCUUGCUGUAAAGCUGAUCCUGCUGAAACGGUGGUGAACACACAGUGCGGCUAUGACGUGAGAAAGAAAGACCCGACAGAGUGGUCCGAUUAUAUUUACACUAAAGGUUGCAUCACAGCAUUGGAGGACUGGUUGCCUGGCAACCUCUACACUGUGGCCAUGGUCUUCAUUGUCAUCUCAUUGCUGCAGAUGGUGGGGAUCUACCUGGCCCGGACUCUGAUCUCAGACAUUGAAAAGGUGAGGUUGUGUUACUGAGCGUGGCCAGCAGGGGACAGCACCUCCACCUGUGUUGUUGGACUUUAACCUCAUGUGCCUUCCUGCUUCAGAGUUCUGCCGUCGCCUUUUUUUUGAUUCAUGUUGGACGCCAUGAAGCCUUUACGUGCAAACAGCGGACGUCUUUUUGAUACUUUCAGGUGAAACAUUCCCAACAACAAAAUGUUUAUUUUUCCUUUCUGUCUGAAUCACGACCGCAUCACAUUCACAAACCCAUUUUAUAGAAUGUGAAUGGAAAGGGUUGCUAGGCCGCGGAGAUGAAACCUGGACACAUGCCGGGCGCUUCCAAAAACAGCAUUCAGGUUCAGGACCACAAACAUUAUUCCACAUUCCUGUUCUGCAACGAACAUCAUUGUACCAGCGCUACGUGUGAAUGCAGACAUACUGGCAAAUACUAACACAUGCUAAAUUUGGAUAUAUGAAAGUAACACAUAUAGAGUGCGGCUAAAGAUUAGCGCUGUGUCAACAUGCUAAAAUUGGCUGAGUAACAACAGUGUGUAGAAAUGGGCAAAUUGAUUUGCCAUUUGUCAUGCAAGUGUGUUAGCAUGCUAACACAUCGCUAACUAUAACAACAGCUUGGUACUAUAUAACUACAACAACUAGCCAUGGAAAUAUUAAAAAUAUUAGUAUAUGGCUAGUAAAGUUAAGCACAGAAAGUACAUGCUAAUGUAAAAAUGUAUGAAAAAGCCAUACUAUUACGCUACCACAAAA